CGCGACGAAAUCAAUGACGACCGCAUCAAUCGACGCCGAAGAAUCAUUUUUCCGACUCGGCUAUCGUGAGAUCGAUAUGCGAAUUUGCCACUGGAAUUUUCGCGCGCGAUCGCGUUGGAUUUCUCACUCGAUUCGCAUCGAUAGUAAUUCAAUUUGCAUCGCUGGAAUGACGCAGUCACUGUCGUAACAGGGUUUUUCCCGAAGCCGCGACCCUCGUAAACUGGGAAUUUCUACGUAAAUAUUUGACUGGUAACGCGAAAAGUGCGUGGACGUGACGAUGUGACCGAAAGAAAAGUAAGCGUUGUUUCCAGUUGGCAGUGCCAGUGAUUUAGAUUGCCGUGCAAUUAGCGCGCGACUAUAGUCUAAUCUCGCCUUGACUCGUGACAGUUGUAACAAGAUUAGCGCAAAGCCAGGCCAGCGCUGAUCUCGGGCGCAGCGAUCGGCAAGUAGUCGACGGAAAGGAGAAAAGUGGCUGGGUCAGGUCGCAUGCGAGCCGUGCAGGCGGGAGUCGUAUAGCCUAGUUACGACGUAUUAUCGAACAGAAGAAGCACACAUAAAGUACAGCUCUGACAUAACGAGAGCGAGUGGCGACGACGGCGUGUUCGGCGGGAAGGUCAGGAUCAGGAAGGCUUUAGUAGGCCACGGCGCGGUAUUGGCUGUCGGUGCGGCUAUAUAGGCGACGAUCGCGUGCUAAUGCUAAGCAGUGCCGUUCGGGGCUUCGUAAUCGUGUGCGAGAGCGAGCGAGCGAGCAAGCGUCAGCGGCACAGGCAGGCAGGCAGGCAGGCAGGCAGGCAGACAGGCGGCGGCGGCCGAACGUAACCCUUUGCCAAGAAGUCAAGCCAGUCGCUCGAGGGCAGCGGCAGCGGCGAGAUGGGAGUAGCCAGCGAGGACUCGGGCCUGCUGUCCUUCCCCAAGAACUUGUCGGUCUGGUGGAGCGAGGAGGCCGACAACGUGCUGCAGCGCUUCGAGCGAUGGGCCGCCUACGCGCGCGGCUACAAUCGGCUGCGAUCGGCCCGACUGUCCGCCGGCCGCAUGACCAUGAACGAGGAGGGCCCGGACUGCAAUCGCUGGAGCAUCAACCAGACCACCAGUCGGCUGCAGGUCGACGGCGGCCGCUGGGCGCCGAGCUUCCGGCAGCGCACCCGACAGCGCCAACCGGCCGCGGCCGAGCGCUCGCGGCUGCGCUGCUGCGCCAACCUCGACUACAAGUCCAACGGUAACCUGGACAGCGACUGCCUGCAGACAUACGGCAUGGACCACAGCAUCUACUUCAAGACCGUCGGCGACGUCAGGUCGGAGAAGCGCUCGGGCGCGCUCAACGGCAACAAAAACGACGACGCUAACGACGACGCAGCGAGCGUGACCACGCCGAGCAGCGCCAAAUCGGCGCCGAUCGACUGCGGCGACUUUCUCUCCUCGGACUUCGACGAGCUGGACUCGGACGACGACGGCCUCGAGGAGUUCGACGACGCGGAUUACGUGCUUCGCGAGCAGCUCGACCAGCUGGCCGCAGCCUGUGGACAGGGUUCGGACGCCGAGGAAUCGGAUAUGCGCCAGCGCAUGGGCGAGGUCCAGCUCUGCCGCAGCGUCAUCAACGAGGACGAGGUCAACAACAACGUGAUGAUGAUGACGGGUCUGAGGAGACCGCGGCAUCUGCAGCUCCGCCAGUUGCCGGCGGUGACGGCGCAAUAGAGCGAGACAGCAGAGAGCUUGCGGUCCGCUGGCGCGGCUUAUGUAACGCGGACGCCGCGCAUCGACAUCGUCCCUUUUCCCGCGAACGACUUCCGGUCGCCUCACACAGAUACCUACACCCAUACGCAAAGUCAACUUACACGCAGAAAGAAAGA